CCACGCACAGCCACAGCCACGAAGGAGGGAGAGCUGAGGAGGGGCCUUCCUGCCUGCCUGCCUGCCUUCCUCCCUUCCUUGCAGUCCGGCCAUGGACGACAUCUUCGCGCAGUGCCGGGAGGGCAACGCCGUGGCCGUGCGGCUCUGGCUGGACAACACCGAGAAUGACCUCAACCAAGGGGAUGACCACGGCUUCAGCCCGCUGCACUGGGCCUGCCGGGAGGGCCGCUCCAGCGUGGUGGACAUGCUGGUCAUGCGCGGGGCACGCAUCAACGUCAUGAACCGGGGGGACGACACCCCCCUGCACCUGGCCGCCAGCCACGGGCACCGCGACAUCGUCCAGAAGUUAAUCCAGUUCAAGGCCGACAUCAACGCCGUCAAUGAACAUGGGAACAGCCCGCUCCACUACGCCUGCUUCUGGGCCCAGGAGGAGGUGGCCGAGGACCUGGUGACCGCAGGGGGACUGGUCAGCAUCUGCAACAAGUACGGGGAGACCCCUCUGGACAAGGCCAAGCCCCCCCUGAGGGACCUGCUGAAAGAGCGCGCAGAGAAGCUGGGCCAGAGCCUCACCCGCAUCCCCUACAAGGACACCUUCUGGAAGGGCACCACUCGGACCCGGCCCCGGAACGGGACGCUGAACAAGCUGGCGGGCAUCGACUUCCGGCAGCUGAGCCUGGGCCACAAGAUCAACGAGAACCACUCCGGCGAGCUCUGGGAGGGGCGCUGGCAAGGAAACGACAUCGUCAUCAAGGUGCUCAGGAUCCGGGACUGGACCACGCGCAAGAGCCGGGACUUCAACGAGGAGUACCCCAAGCUCAGGAUCUUCUCCCACCCGAACGUCCUCCCCGUCCUGGGCGCCUGCCAGUCCCCACCGGCCCCCCACCCCAUCAUCAUCACCCACUGGAUGCCCUACGGCUCCCUCUACAACGUUCUCCACGAAGGAACCAACUUUGUGGUGGACCAGAGCCAGGCGGUGAAGUUUGCGCUGGACGUGGCGCGGGGCAUGGCCUUCCUGCACACCCUGGAGCCCCUCAUCCCCCGCCACGCCCUCAACAGCCGCAGCAUUAUGAUCGACGAGGACAUGACGGCCCGGAUCAGCAUGGCUGACGUCAAGUUCUCCUUCCAGUGCCCCGGAAGGAUGUACGCUCCCGCCUGGGUGGCCCCCGAGGCCCUUCAGAAGAAGCCGGAGGAGAUCAACCGCCGCUCGGCCGACAUGUGGAGCUUUGCGGUGCUGCUGUGGGAGCUGGUGACGCGGGAGGUGCCCUUCGCGGACCUUUCCAACAUGGAGAUCGGCAUGAAGGUGGCCCUGGAGGGCCUGCGCCCCACCAUCCCGCCGGGCAUCUCCCCCCACAUCUGCAAGCUGAUGAAGAUCUGCAUGAACGAGGACCCCGCCAAGCGCCCCAAGUUCGACAUGAUCGCCCCCAUCCUGGAGAAGAUGCAAGAGAAGUGAAGAGGGGGAGAGGCCGGAUUUUGGGAGGGGGGGGCAACGCCUAGCACCCCCCUUCCCCAAAUAAAGCUACACCCCCUCCCCUAAGUGCCUUUUGGGAGGCGCUCCGGACAGGACGAAGGAAGGAAGGAAGGAAGGAAGCGCCAAAACGGUACAGAUGGACUGCCACUGCCUUGCCCCCCUCUCCCCCACUUCUUUGAGGGCAGGGGGAUGCAAUGGGAGGGGUGGGGAGCGCUGCCAAGUGCCUCAGCCUCCGCAGCGCUGCCCCCCUCCCUCCCUCCCUGAGUUGCCUUUAGCAGCCCCCUCCCCAUUGCCCGUCCCCCCACGUGUAUGUAAGCCGCCUUGCCGCACGCCACUGCCGCUGCGCGCUCCCACCGAGCCAUUGUUUUUACUCUUUUCUACGCAAGCAAGCGCUGCCCAGAGCACUCGAGAAUAAAACCCUUGUCAUACUCAA